AUGCCUGACUACACGUACAAGAGCUCCGGCACCAACAGCCAGGGUAACCACUACUGCGCGCGUGACUACGGCAGCGGUGCUUCCAACUCCAACUCGUACCACUACUCCAACUCCACCUACUACAACGACGGUGCCGGAAGCUCCACCUACACUUCGCCCAGCGGCUACUCUACCACGCAGUCUGGAGAUGGCGGCAAGAAAUAG